CCCCUCUUCGUCUUCUUCCCCGGGAUUCCUUUCGCAGCGCAACCAACAAAUUUAACUCGUAAGGAAAAUUAAACCCUAGCCGCGCCGAUCGACGGCUAUGCGGCCGGCGAACGCGGGACACCAAGAUCGCCGCCUCUAGUCACGCCGACCCCGCCCGCUCGCUCCCGCUGCCAGCCAUGAGGUCCGCCGCCGCGCAGAUCGAUCCGUCCCCGUCCCCGUCCCCCGCCGCGCUGGCCAAGUCACGCCUCAAGCGCCUGUUCGAGCGACAGGUGCUGCGGGUCUCGCCGGCGGAGCGGCUCCCGCCCGUGCCCGCCGGCGGGGACAAGGACAAGGAUGAGUUGGAGCCCAGCUCCGUGUGCCUGGACGGCAUGGUGCGCAGCUUCCUGGAGGACGGCGGUGGGGCCGUCGGCGAGCGGGCCCCGGCCCCGCGCUGCUGCAACUGCUUCAACGGCGGCGACGCCUCGGACGACGAGGACGGCCCCGCUGCCGCCGAGGCGUCUGCCAUCUCCGACGCCGCGGAGACCAUCAAGGGCCUCGUCCACUGCGCCAGCCUCCGGGAGCGCAACCUCCUCGCCGACGUGUCCACGCUCGUGGAGCGCCACCGCGCGGCGGGAGCGCGCAAGCGCGACCUCCUCCGCCUCCUCGCGGCGUCCCUCCGCGCCAUGGGCCACGACGCCGCGCUCUGCCUCUCCCGCUGGGACAAGUCGUCCUCCCACCCCGCCGGCGAGCACGCCUACGUCGACGUCCUUCUCCCCGCCGGCUCGGAGCGCGGCGACCGGGAGCGCGUGCUCGUGGACGUCGACUUCAGGUCCCAGUUCGAGGUCGCACGGCCCACCAAGGCCUACCGCGCCGUGCUGCAGCGGCUCCCAUCGGCGUUCGUCGGCAGGGAGGACCGGCUGCGCCUCCUGGUGGCCGCCGCCGCGGACUCGUCGCGCGCCAGCCUGAAGAAGCGCGGCCUCCACCUCGCGCCGUGGCGGAAGCCCGAGUACAUGCGCGCCAAGUGGCUCUCCCCCUACGAGCGCGAGGCGCCUCCUCCGGCGCCGGAUGCCCCUGCCCCUGCCAGUGCCAGUGCCAGUGAGCUCGCCGACAUCGGCGAGGGAGGCGGAGAUGGAGCCAAAGUUUGAUUAAUUAAGGAUCCGCCAUUAGUUGAUUUUUUUUUCUUCUCCUGAGGGGAAUUUGCAGCGCAGUCCCCGCCGGACGCAGAUGUUCCUUUUUGCUAUAUUUCCGUCCUUUUUCUCUUUCAUUUUGACCCUUUUGAUGGGUAACGGAGUACUAGCAGUAACUUCCAGUAAGUAAAGUACCGGGAAGGAAGAGCAACUAAAUAAAUAAAUUCUACUAGUGUUUAGUUCAAA